AUGGAAUCUGUUGAUUUAACAGAUAGUGAUGAAGAAGCAAACAUUGAAAGUGAAAUGAUACUUAGUAAAGAGGGUGUGGCAGCUCUUUUUGACACACUUUCUAUUGGACUUUCGACUUGGCUCUUGCAUUUGAAGAAUCGCCGGCGACCAGCUAAAUACAAGAAGAUUAGUCUAACGGAACAGAAACCAGCACGUACCCAAAGGUAUCAUAGAGCAAAGGUCAAGCAUGAAACAGCCAGACUUCGUGCUCAAGGAUAUCAAGACAUCCAGCUAUACUUUCAAGCUCCCCUUAGCCCUCAUCAUGCAGUCGACAUGCCACUUGAAGUGGAUGUCGAUUGGGAGCAAUCUGCCAACACAGACAAAUCACUACCAAUAUACAUCGAUUCUCCAGCAGUGGACAUGCACAAUGAAGAGCCUGGGUCAGCUAACGAGCAGUCACCACCAUUAUCUCCUGUGUCGUUCACGGAAGAUCAGGUUGCUGCACUGCACACCCAAAUCCAUGCCUUCAGAUCCAUCUAG